GGGCCGGGCAGGGAUGGCGGCGGCGCCCUCAGGGCCGGCGUAGGGGCCGCCCCGCCGGGCCCAGCGCUGCCCGCUCGCACGGGCCAUGGCGCGGCCCGCGGCCGCCUACGAGGCGGCGGUGCCGGCCCGCCCUGCCUGCACCUACACCAGCUGCUACUGCGAAGAAAAUGUUUGGAAGCUUUGUGACUACAUCAGGAGUCAGGAUCGAUACCCCUUAGAAGAGUUUUACGCUGUUUUCAUAUCCAAUGACAGGAGGAUGAUUCCCCUCUGGAAGCAGAAAUCUGGACAUGGAGAUGAGCCCGUUGUCUGGGACUACCAUGUUAUUCUACUUCAUGUUUCCAGCGGGGAGCAGAACUUCAUUUAUGAUCUUGACACAGUGUUGCCAUUUCCAUGUCCUUUUGAUGUGUACAGCGUGGAGGCCUUUCGGCUGGAUGACAGCCUUCGUCCAGAAUUUCACAGAAAAAUCAGAAUGAUUCGAGCAGAUUUGUACUUGAAGACGUUUGCUUCAGACAGAUCUCAUAUGAAGGAUGCAAAUGGGAAAUGGCAGAAACCUCCUCCUCCAUACCCUUGCAUUGAAACUGCAGCUCGCAGGUCCCAUUCUGGCAGAGCAGAUUAUGCUGCCAGGAGGAAGUUUUCGGGCUCUGCUCAGCACGAUGGCUUUGCCUGGAUGAGAUGUUUGAGAUUUCUGUACCAGGUGAAUGGACCUGAGGAUUGCUUUAAGGCACGCUGGCAAGUUGGCAAGUUUUUCCAUAAGCCUCUUUUGGGUGGUAGUCUAGCUAAUGGCCUCUGGGCCAGGCAGAGAGAGAGGUAAAGAUCUAUUGCCAUCUAUUCUAUAGAACUGCUUAAACCAUUCUUAUCACACAGCACUUGAGCUUAUUCUAAUCAUGUGCUUGGCAAGCUGACUAACAUUUGGCACGUGCUUGUUUGUUCUCUCAUUUUCUUCCAGGGAAAGCGCGGUGUAGUUUUGCUUUGGAAGAGUUUUCAUGUUACCCCUCUGCAUGUUUGGUUUUGCCACUUUUUUAAUAAUGCAGUACUGCUACAUGCUUAUAUUAGAGAAGGCAGAGGCAAAGAAACGUAUUUUGUGUUUAGGUCUGAGUGUAUUGCAGUUUUAAGUUGCUGAGAAGUUAACUCUCAGUCUUUACUUUGGCUUCUAGGGAAGCUUGAUGUUGCACACGAGAGUAGAAAUGAACUGUGAGAGUGAGCAGGAGCACAGUCUUAGUUAUGAAAUUUCAGGUGUUUUCUUGACAAUCCAGUCUAUGAUGUGCCUUAAAUUCUAGGUCUUGGUUGUUAUGUUCAGUAGAGUUUUAUGCAAAGGUGGUGUAGGGAGCGUAGAAUGCCUGAACUACAGUGGAUGGUUCACUGUUAGCUGAAGCCUCCUAGGGGCUGAGAACUUUUUGCCUGUGGAAACGUUGUUGUGAUAAUUGAGAGAUAAUGAAAGUGUGAGAAAUAUAGGUGAGGACAGGCCCGGAAAGUGAAAAAGUUCUACUGAAAUCGAAAGAGUAAAAGCCAUUUACUGGUAGAUAGUAAGUUACAGAAUGACUCAAACAGUUGCAGAUGUGUACAUGUACCUGUAGCUCGAGUGAAUGACUCCAUAGUUGCAAACCCUGUAACUCUUGCUCUUUCCUGUCUUGUUUGGCUGAGCUUUAUCUCACUGAGGAGCAGCAGCCACAGGUCUCAGCCAACCUCCAGACUGUCUCUGUGAUGCUGCUAGAUAGUGAAAGAUACAUAGCUCUUCCUUUCUCUUAUGUGUUAGUUCUUUGCUCUGUAUCUUGCCAUGCUGAAGGAAACAUCCAUAGGUCACCCAGUCAAACACCUAAUCAAAACAGAGGUUCCUCAGGGCUCUGUCCAGUGUAGUCUUGAAUACCUCCAGGGAUGGCAAUUCCACCACCUUUCUGGAUAGCCUGUUCCAAUCUUUGAUGACUAUUGUGGUAAAUAAAUAAAAAUUCCUAAUACAUAAUCUGAAUUUCCCAUGUUCCAACCUGCUUUUUUAACUUGUCCUCUUGCCAGGCUCCUCCAAGAAGGCUCUGGCUUCAUCUUCUUCGUAUCCUCUGAUCAGGUAGAUGUAGGCAGCAGUAAUGUUCCCCCUUUGUCUUCUCUUUUUAAGACUAAACAGACCCAGUUCUCUCAGCCUCUCCUUGAAUAUAAUGUUGUCCUGCCCCAAAAAACUUGAUGUUCUUCUUUUGGGCUCACUCCAGUAUGUCCAUGUUUUGGGUUUUUUUUGUACUGAGGAGCUCCAAAUGGACACAGUGUUCCAGCUCUGGGUUCAUAGCCUCUGGUCUCCUGGUCAGGUGGCUGAAAGAAACCUGUUACCCUGCACCCACUGAAGGUGGAAGGUGAUUCACUAGGGAAUUUCAAGGCCUGAGUCAGAACAGGGAUAGAUUGUCCCAUAUUUAGGAUGUCUAGUUCAAGUUGUCUUUCAUUUACUACCAGCUCCUCCCGCUUUAUUUUUUGUCUCCCCUUGGUAUUCACUGGGGAUACCUUAUUAUGGUGUGUGCUUCAAUGUGCACGGUGCUGUAAGUCUGCAAGGAGUCCGGGUUUAACUGCGAUGUCUCAGCACAGUUUUAUCAGGCAUAAAAGUGCCUUAUUUUUAACUUGUUGGAGAAGUGGGUGGUAGACCUUUUGUUAUCAUAGAAGAGCCUGGGGUAUUAAUAUUCAUGUCCGUGCCAAAUUCCAUUGCAGAUAACUGUUUUCUCCCCGCCGUUUCACUUCGAUAGAGUGCUCUGCUUUCCAUGUUGAUUUGUGUUUGUGUAAGAUUAAAUUGCUUGCAUAUUUCACAUUAGAGGUGACUGCGGUUUAAUGGCUGACAGAAUUGACCCAAUAUUGUUUUAAUACCAAUUUAUUUCUGAGGCACAUUUGUAUCAGAGUGGUUUGUUUUGGUUUGGUUUUAUUGCUUUCAUUUAGAGUAGCCAAAUUCCUACUCUCUUGAGAAGAUGUAAGGUUUUUAAAUCACUUCUGUUUCUUAAUGUCUUUUUUGAUGUUUGUGUCAUUUGACCCUGGCUGGUUGCCAGAUGCCCACCAAAGCUUCUCAAUCACUCUCCUCCUCAGCUGGACAAGGGAGAGAAAAUAUAAUGAAAGACUCAUGAGUUGCGAUAAGGAUGGGGAGAGAUUACUCAGUCACUCACUGAUUACUGUCACUGGCAAAACAGACUUGACUUGGAGAAAUUAAUUGAAUUAGUUGAAUCAAAAUCAGAGCCUCAAAAUCUAUACCUCCUCCCUCCCCCCUCAGCACAGGGAGAUGGAAAAUGGGGUUACAGUCAGUUCAUCACAUGUUGUUUCUGCCACUGGUUUUUCUUCAGGAAGAGGAGUCCUUCUCCUGCUCCAUUGUGUAGCCUUUCAGGAGACAGUCCUCCGUGAACUUCUCCAAUGUGAGUCCAUCCCAUGGGCUGCAGUUCUUCACAAACUGCUCCAGCAGGGGUCCCUUUCCACAGGGUGCAUUCCUUCAGGAACAGGCUGCUCCAGUGUGGGGCCACCAUGGGGUCACAAGUCUUGCCAGCAAACCUGCUCCAGCGUGGAGUCCUCUCUCCAUGGGUCUGCAGGUGCUCCAGCACAGGCUUCCCACUGGGUCACAGCCUUCUCUCAGGCAUCCACCUGCGCCAGCGUGAGGCUCCUCCAUGGGCUGCAGGGGCACAGCUGCUUCACCACAGUCUUCACCAUGGGCUGCAGGGGAAUUUCUGCUCCAGUGCCUGGAGGACCACCUCCCCCUCCUCCUUCAAUGACCUUGGUGUCUGCAGAGUUGUUUCUGGCACAGAUUCUCGCUCUGGUCUUCUCUGGCCACAAUUACACCUGUGGAAGAGCUUUUUUUUCCGUCUUAAAUAUAUUAUCCCAGAGGUGCCAGUACCUCAGCCUUCGACGGCAGUGGGUCCAUCCCAGAGCCGGCUGGCACUGGCUCUGUAGGACCUGGGGGAAACUUCUGGCAACUUCUCAGAGAAGCCACCGAUGUAGCCCUCCCGCUUCCAGAACUUUUGGAAUUGAAUUGAGGAACCUCUGUCAGUGACCAAUUAAGCACUUUUCCUACUACUAACUCAAAGGGAUUAAAUCUUAAAACUGUAUUUGUCCCGCUCAUGGGGUUGCAAAAUUUGUUUAAAAACAUUUUUUAAACACAAACAACCCCAGUCCAACCAAUGAACGGAAGAAACCCUCCCUCAAACUCCUCAGUAUCUCCUCAGAACUCACAUGCUAAGCAUUAGCCUUUUGGAACUGGCUCUGCUCUAGCCAUUUCCCAGAGCUAGGCCUCUCUAUUUAUUACUGGUAUUGCUCUGGCCUCUGUUCUGCUCUGUUGCCAUGUGUGCCAGGAGAAGCUGGCUAACCUAACUGGGUGCUUGGUGCUUUCUCACCCUGCCCUGUCCUCAAAGCAGCUCUGCUGCAAUAAUCAUACCUGAGCUGCAGCAGAUUCCCCCCAUCCCACCUGAUUGCAGUGACCUCCUGUUGAAAGAAAACAGGGUAUUUUGUUCAAAUAGUGAAAAUUAAGAAAAUGUGAUUUGGUGCACAGAUUCAUUAUUCCAGGGCUGAUGAGCCCAGCCUGGGGUUUUCUUUUAAAUCUUCUUUCUGCAAAUUAAUGAGGUCUGAUUCUGCUUAGUUUAUGAGUCGUGAUGAGAUCAGCCCUCCUUACUGCAAGCCCGUGUAAAAUACAGCCUGCACAGUGCAUUUCAGAAUUACUCAGAACAGAUGGCCGUCAGCUUACAGACAACUGUUAGCAGCAGCUCUAGCACUGAAAAGCAUUGGUUUGAGUUUCAGCUCUCCCAAGGUGUUUGGUAGCACACUCACAGGAUUGAUUUAUAAAGACUUUUUGUUCUUUAUAUUAUUAUUAAAAUCCCUGGUAGUCAAUAAUGAUGGGGUUUUACUUCGGUUGGGUUUUUUUGUGGGUAGGACAGCUGAGAAAUUCUGGAGGCAUUGUGUAUUACACAUGUAUGUAACAGGAAAGCUGCUAGACAAGAGGCCAGGGCAGAUGUCUGCAGUUGCUUUCUGUAUCUUCUCUCUGAGAGAUGAUGGUGGGAUCAUAGUGAAAGUGAAAAGGAAAGCACUGAUACUGGUAGAAGUAGCUCCUCUGCACUUAAUGGGAACCUUCUGCUGCUCUCAUUUGAGAAUAAAACUCUGGUCUGUUAAGUUAGGUCCUUACUUCAUAAGCUUUUGUGGAAGUAAUGAAUCAAGUUGGAUAGAGGCAAUAAAGACACAUCUAAGGAUAGAAGUAUUUAAAUUCCCAGAGUGGCUUAUUGAAAUUAGUGUGAAAGAUAAUUUAAAGUGAUGAGCUGUGUUUUACACCGAGAUCAACCAGGAAUGGUUUGCACAGUCAGUUGUAUCUCAGCCUUGGGGACAGCACCCUCCAGCUGAGUGUGGGAAGAGUCUGUCUGACUCAUCUCCCUGCUCAGACAGGGGAAAGGGAUCUGCAGAGAACUGUAGACACCUACACGAGUCUGUGAAGAGCCCAAGUUUCUAAGUAUUUUAGGUGCCCCCAAGGUGAGGCAUCAGCAGAACUGACCUUGGAGGCUUUGUUCCAGACUUCCCCGCUUCCAGCAGCCCUUGGGCAGCUGUCGUUACGCUGAGUUAGUCCAAGGUCUGUGAGCCAAGCUGAGGCUUGGCUGAAACGUUGCUUUCUAACUACUGUUGGCAGAAGCCACAAGUAUCAUGGCUAACAAUGCCACAGGAUAGUGCGUGGCCUUUUAUUUUGUCCUUGCUCUGGGUAAAAGUGUCAGACUUGAUUUAAGCAAAAGUAGAAUUAUUCAGGAAUCCCAGAAUUCGCCAGAUAGGUCUUUUUGAUGGGAUGUGUGUAACUAAGUAUAUUUGGGAAAAGAGAUAGAUGAGCUCUAAGCAUACACAAAUGCAAGCUAGUGUAAUAGCCACAGCACCUGAGGAGAACUGCAACUGUAACAUAAAUCUUAAAAAAAAUAAUUGUGCUGCUCUUGAUCUUGUGAAAAUGUUAUAUAACACAUGCUCCUUGCUUUUGUGGAGAAAUCCUCUUGGUGUGUCAACUGUAGUAUCCAGAGGUCUCUUUUGUAAAUUCUGAUGUUCAUCACUGUGCAUCACUAACGUUCAUCUUCAUCUGCUUAGGGAAGAGGACUUUGUGGUGUUUUCAUGCAUUUUUGCCGAGCUGUUUUCUGAAGCUGUAAGGUGUAACCUGACAGGCACGGCCUUCAGAUAGAGCCCAUGAGAGAGGAGCGGCAUAGAGGGACUGUUAUUGCAUGAAUAAAACGGGAGAGGUCUCAUUAAGUUUUUCCCUAUGGAUAUCUCCCGUGCUGCUCCAGUGCCAUCUACUGACUGGUUCUUAGGCCAUUGCUCUUCACAGGAAUGGGCUUGUUUGCUUUGGUAAAACAAUAUUUCCUUUCUAAUGGACUUCUCUGAUGGACUGCGUUAUGCUCUGCCACAAUCCUUCUGAAUUUAAGAGAAUAUUUCAUUUCUUACAGGCAUUGUGACAGCAACUUUGAAGUUGCUAACAGAUCUGUGUUUGUAACUACUGAACAGUCCCCUUUGGACUGCUUUACCAGUCACAGAAAAGUUCUAUGAAAUUAUUCUACUAUGCUUGUGCACAUAAAGCAGAGAAUUAUUUAUUUAUUAAUCUUAAAGUAUAUGAAGACUCACAUUACUUAAAACAACACCAUCUGUGAGGAAAAGUCAAGUUCCAAGCUUGGAACUGGAAAACAGACUUACCAGUCUACCCCCAAGCAAGAGCUGUUAUCCACUGCUAAUUGUGCUUGAGCUAGGACAGCAAAUUGCUGAGCUUGUAUUUUAAAUUCCCACACAGUCAGGCAGAAACUGUGCAUGUGCUGCCAGACUCACUUCAGCAGUAGGACAAUGGCUGGACAUAAGGAUUUUCCAUAUGCAAAGUUCAAACAGGUUAACAAUAAAAGUUUUAGAGGCCAGACCUCAAAAGGGGUGAGAGUGAAUAGUCAAAUCACAGAGCUGUGCUGUAGUGUAGAUGUGGUGCAAACAGAGGCCUUUGGGGGCUGGAUUAUGGCUGGGGCCCUGGGUCUGGGAUUCCCAAGUCUGGGAUUCCUGAACAUCAUCUUCCCUUCCUUGUUUAUGCCGUCCAUAAUGAUAAGCCUAAUUACACAAGCUUUUUGCAGAUGAAGCAAAUUCCAUCCUUUGGAUUUUAUAAUCUGUUCAUUAGAGCCUCCUCUUGUUUGGUUCUUAAUCCUUAAAUGCACACAUCCAUGUUAAAAUAAAUACUUAAUACAGUGGGAAAGCUGUUUACAGUAAAUCUGUAAAGUAAAGCUGUAACAGUGGCUUUACCACUCUGUUCCUUAAACUCAUUCUCUUCCAGUUUUCUUUUAAUGGGCAUUUAAAAAGAUGAUUUGCACACAUCAUCAGUGAGAACGUAAAACAACAAGCCUUCAGAUGUUUGUAGUCAGAGCUGAACCUCUGACCAGCGUGGUUCUGAGUCAGCAAGGCUUAUACCAGGCCAGCUCCAGAAAAAGGAUGUAUAAGGCACCUAAACCCAAAACUUCAUACAAGCACUUUCCAGUGUGCUCUCUGGGAUCCACGAAUAGGACAGAAUGGUUUCUACCUCUACUGCAGGGGACAGAGCAGAUUAAACUCCUGUCAAAGAGCAGUCAUGGUUAUUUUUCUCUUGAAAUCAUGUCAGUUAAACUUUUCCCCCUCUGACUUCUAUUUUUGUUCAGGAUUCACAAAAAAUAAAUUGAAGUAUUUGCCCCUAGCCUAGGUUUAUGCCUUCCUUUGCCUGAGCAUCCCUCUAGGCUAUGGGCUGUGUGAGGUCAGAUAUUUCCUCCCCUCUGCAUACUCUGGCCUCACAGUGGGCUGGUGCACAGCAAGGACAAAGUUUGGGGCUGGAGAGAAAGCAAAUACUGUAAUCUGGGAGUAACAAAUUGUAGGUUUGACAAGGGGCUUGUCAAUUCUAAGAGACAAUAAGCAAAUCCCAGUUAUGACUGCUGUUGUUCCUCUGUGGUCAGUGUAAAACUUGACUCCAUUAACUUUAGUUCAGAACUUAGGAGAGGGAAUAGUGUCUUCCCUGAUUUUGAGUAAUCCCAUUUGUGUGAAUGCAGGAAGACUAUGAGCACCUGUUGCAUUGCAGUUCCCUGUGUUGGUUGUUAUUUGCGCUCCAGUUCUGUGACACUGCUUGGCCCUUCUAGGCUGCUGAUGUAGGGAAAAAUCUGACCCUUUCCUACAUAUAGUGGUUUCUAAUGACUGAGGAUGCUUACUGAUCUGUAAUGUGAUUAUUGCCAUGGGCAGAAAGAGGAAUCGGGGCAAAAGCAACAUUUCAGAGACUGGAGAUAGAAGGUUUUGUAACACCAUACAAUUUGCAGAAUACCUUUCCAUAGUGAGCUGAACUAUCAAAGAGGAGUUUGGGGCAUUUUCUUGAUAAAUGUAUACCUGUGCUACAGAACCUGUAUCAGGAACUUAAAUAUUUCCCUUUUCUGGUCCUU